GCUGAAUCAGCGGCGUGAGUCUGGAGGAGGAGGAGGACUCUCUUCACAUUAAAAAGACAGAAACACUGCGGGAAGUGGUUUUUUCCUUAGAAAUCAAAGUUUCACUUUGGACUGCGGCAGACAUAUUCAAAUCUUUGAGUUUUUCCAAUGAGAGGAUCAGACAUGCUCUGUUUGCGUGACUCCAGCGACUGCUUACGGGAGCAGAUGCAGUACAUGAUGAGGUCACUGCAGGAUCUGAAACAGCUGAGAAGGACCUGUCCGGCAGUCAGGCGCCCCCUCUCUCCCAUCAGUACCCAGCUCCCGGCUCUGGUGCGACACUCUGCGUUGGCACGUGCCUGUCGUGUGCGGAUGUCUGAGGCCAGCACUGCCAGCACCUACGACUCUGCAUGCUGCCUAUCAAGUCCUCUAGAGGAGGAGGACGAAGACCAAGAGUCAAGCACCCAGCUGGGUCUGAGCCUCAGACUGGGUUUGGGUUCUCCCAGCAGCCGGAAAAGUUUGGACUUGGAUUCGGGCUACUCUGAGUCAUCGUGGCAGGAUGAAGGAGUGUUUCUGAGGAGGACGAGGAACGUGAGGGUUUCAUCGUCAGCCUGCCUCCGCACAAACAGAGCACCCAGCGGACGCAUUAGACCCAAAUCCACGUCUGACGCCUGUCUGGAAAGGUGGACAUCAUUUGAAGUCAGUGACCAAGAGGACUGGACGAACUCUUUACUCACCAGAGGACGAAAUCGCCAACCUCUAGUGCUGGGCGAUAACAGCUUUGCAGACCUCAUACAGAACUGGAUGGACCUACCCGAGUGUCCAGAACCUACAGAGCUGAAUCUAAACCCGGGACGCAGGACGGGGAGAGGUUUCUUUGUGAACAUGAGGAGGAAACUGGCUGGCUUUUCAAAGAGUGUAGAGGACAGAGUGAGGAUGAGACACACAGACUCUGUUUGUGCUAACAGAGCUGCUAAUGCUCCAAAACGUCUGUCCUGCCCGCUUGUUGCAUCCCAGGCCAAAGUGCCCUUUUUCCAUCAGUCUCAUUCCGCCAUUAAUAAAUUGGACUCUGACUUUUACCACUUUGCUGCCCUCUUGAAGUCAGGCAGUCGGCAGCCCAUCAUCUGCAAAGACAUCAUAGGCUACGUCUGACAGUUUUCAUCGGACAAUCAUCAGAGUCACUGUAAAAUGACUGUUAUUUUUAACUUUUUAUAUGCUGUGACUAAACUAUUGAAAAUAAAGAUGUUUGCAUAAUUGAAA